AUGUCAAAUUUGACAGGACAAGCAAAGACGUGGGCCUUACGGCUCAAGCUUCACAACCCAAACGUGUUUGAGUCGUCGGAGAUCUUGAAGUCUCGGCUCAAAGAGACGUUUGAGCCGCCGAGAGCCGAGUUCAGCACGCUCUGCACUCUUGAGGCUCAAGCAAGGUAA